CCCAACCACUAGAAGUAAAAACUGCAGGACGAAGAACACCUAGAUCUGUUCACUUCUGCUAGUCAUCGUUUGGCUAUGUUGGCUCUUCUGGUCCUGGCUAGUAUUUUGGCGUCUGCUUGUGGCAAAAUCGGGGAAGACUGUCACGUGACCUCGGAAUGCGACCCAGCGGAAUGUUGCCAGAUGCUCCGGAUGUAUACGUUCAAUUUUGUACACAACACCAUGACGCUAUCAAACCCCCUCAACAACGCGACCUGCCAGAGAUACGACCCUGUGGGUGAGGACUGCGACCCUUUUGAUAAGAUGAGCGGUUUGUGUGGAUGUGAGCCUGGCUCGAUGUGUAGCGGCCAGGACGUGCUGACCUCCAGUCUUCAUGGACGGGCAACCCUACCACCGACCCCCGCCCCGGGGUACACCAGGAUAUAUGAGUGCGUCAAGGAGGAGGCUGCGGCUCACACCGGGUGAAGGAACUUGCCAAAGUAUUUGUUCAAUAAAUUCAGACUGUU